GCUCCCCACCAGUAGUACUUGACAAGCUGAGGUUCAAAGCUAGUUGAGGGUGAGCAAGGUGCGAUGGAGCCGUGAUUCAUAGGAGGCUGGAAUGAGAAGGAAUGGGGGGGGAUGAGAAGGCCAGGGGCCAUGAGGUGGCUGGGUGGGGUGGGUCGAGAGUGACUAGAGGGUGCAUGGUGGGGGGGGGGGUGGUGAGGGUUGUGGAGGGAGUCGAGGCGUGGGGGGUGCAAGGGAAGUGUAGAUGGGCUUGGACGAUUAAGGUUUGGGAGUGGGUAUGGGAGUGACGGUGGUCUUGCACAGCUGGGGCUCGGGCAGAGGUUGUGGGUGGUGGGCCGAAGCAGCGGUCACUCACGCAGCACCAGCAGCAGGGGCAAUGGCGGCAGCAGCAGCAGCAGCAGGGGCGGCAGUAGCAGCUGCACCUGGGCCGGUUGCGGCUGGCAGCAUCACAAGGCCUCACUCUCAUGGUGUGCACGCUCUGUAGCGCGUGUGCCCAAGGGAACACUUCCUUGGGACGUUCCAUUGCCCCGUUUUUUCUCCUCUUCUUCUUUUCCUCUCUUUUCCCCCCCACGUGCCCGCAUGCAUCCAUGCUCCGAGCUCAUGGUGCAUCGCCCGUGACUUAUCCGUUCCACACUACACUGUGUACAUUGUGACCACAGGGCCUGCCUCUGUGACACAGGGCUCCGGCCUUGGGCUUACCAUACCAGCCGCUGUGCCUCGGGCUGUGGCUCUGGCUCUGACUCUGGCUAUGGGUGUCAUUGCUUCCGUUGGCUUUGGCUGUCAGUGUCCAAGAGACAGGGGCAGCUGGCAGCAGCAGACUCGUGCACUCACUCGGUGCACUCGGUGCCCUCGGUGCAGUAGUACCUUCAUCUGUAUCUGUCACUCUGGAUCUAGCUUUAGGGUAGGAUAUGACGCUUUCUACCGUAGUAGGUAGCUACCUACCUUUUGAUAGUCAGGUGGUCACACCUGUUACUCUCUGUUCUAUGACCCACAGGGAGCAGCCCUCUGCUGAGGAGAUGGUCGUAUUUGGGGCUUGUUAUCAUUGGAAUACGUUGUUGACUUGACAGCCAUCCACGGUAGAUGGCUGUACUGUUAAACAUACCGUAAACGCCCGGAUAUAUGACCCUAGGGACUUUUUUAGUAUACUA